AUGCCCGACUACUACGAGAAAUUCGGUAUCAAGGAGCCCACGGGCCGGCUGCACUCUAUCAAAGCAUUUGGUGAAGGCCAGCCCGAGCUCACGGUCGCUCAGAUCAUGAGCCUGCAUCCUAAGCGGGUCGCCCACAUUCAUCUUUCUAUGCCUCUCAUGGACGGCGCAUAUCCCCAGACCGGGUUCUACGAUUUCUCGUGGAUUGCUGAUCGGGCCGCCAAAGAACCCCACAGCCGGAAAGUAAUUGUGGAUGUUGGCGGUGGCAAGGGCUGGACGCUGCAAAGAAUUGUCAACGAGAACGAGGGUAUUCCCAUGGAGCGAUGCGUGUUGCAGGAUUUGCCUGGUGUGAUCUCGUUCGUCGAAAAACACGGAGACGAGAAUAUCAAAAGGGCAACUCUGAUGCCGAUUGAUUUCCACAAGGAACAGCCGGUUCAAGGUGCCUUGGUCUACUCGGUCCGUCGCUGCUUGCGUGACUUUGGAGACGACGAGGCUGUCGACAUUCUCAAGCGCGUCGUCGACGCCAUGGCCCCAGACAGCAAAUUACUGAUCGCCGAUACCGUGGCGACAAACCCUCCUUCUUUCCUCGUGGCAGCAAUUGACUUCUUCCUAUCAACUAUGGGUGGCAAGGAGAGGACGGAGGAGGAAUUCUGCAACAUCGCUGUACGAGCUGGAUUGAAGGUUACGGGCGUGCACUACUCUGACAUUUCGGAGUUUGCCAUGAUAGAGUGUGAGAAAGCGUAA